CAAACCCCCAGCGAGGAUGAGGGACAACCGGGGACGCGCCUCGGAUCUCACGCCGCCAUCCGAUCUAGGUAACGCUGCAGUGAAGACGCCCAAAUAAGGAGUGGCGGUGUGCAGGUGCCGGCCAUGACCCCCGACCCGCUUCGCCGCUGAGAGCCCGACGUGUCCCGGCGCCGCCAUGCUGAUCAAGGAGUACCGCAUCCCCAUGCCCAUGAGCGUGGAGGAGUACCGCAUCGCCCAGCUCUACAUGAUCCAGAAAAAGAGCCGCGAGGAGAGCUGCGGCGAGGGCAGCGGCGUGGAGAUCCUGGAGAACAAGCCGUACGAGGACGGGCCCGGAGGCUCGGGCCAGUACACGCACAAGGUCUACCACAUCGGCAAGCACAUCCCGUCCUGGUUCUGCUCCAUACUGCCUCAGGCCGCACUGCGCGUCGAGGAGGAGUCGUGGAACGCCUACCCCUACACCAGGACGAGGUACACGUGUCCGUUUGUGGAGAAGUUCUCCAUCGACAUCGAGACGUACUACAUGCCCGACACCGGAAACCAGCUGGACGUCUUCAACCUGUCCUCGGCAGAGAGGAGGCAGAGGACCGUAGACCCCAUUGACAUCGUCAAGGACUACAUCCCGCCUCACGAGUACCUGGCGGAGGAGGACCCCAGACUGUACCAGUCGGUCAGGACCAAGCGAGGUCCGCUGUGCGAGGACUGGAUCGAGGAGAUCAACCGGGGUCCCGGCCGGACCUCGGUCAUGUGCGCCUACAAGCUCUGCAAAGUGGAGUUCAGAUACUGGGGCAUGCAGUCCAAGAUAGAGCGCUUCAUCCACGACGUGGGCCUGCGCAAGGUGAUGGUGCGAGCCCACCGGCAGGCGUGGUGCUGGCAGGACGAGUGGUACGGCCUCACCAUCGAGGACAUCCGGCAGCUGGAGCUGGAGACGCAGCUGGCGCUCGCCAAGAAGAUGGCCCAGUACAGCCUCAGCGACGAGGCGGGCUCCGAGGCCAACGGCUGCUCGGCCGGCCAGGAGCAGGCGCAGCGAGGCGACGACGGCGGAUCCGGCGCGGCCGCCGAGGCCGAGGGGGGCGGGGCUAGCCCGGGAGACGGUCGAGGAGAGCUCACCAAGCAGUGGUCCACGUCCUCACGCUCCUCCAACAGGUCGUCCAAGAGAGGAGGAAGUCCGUCCCACCAGAGCAUCUCGGAGUGGAGGAUGCAGAGCAUCGCCCGCGACUCGGAGGACAGCACCGACGACGAAUUCUUCGACGCUCACGAUGGUUUGUCCGACAACGAGGAGCUGCUGCCCAAGGAGAUCACCAAGUGGAGCUCCAACGACCUCAUGGACAAAAUGGAGACCAUGGAAGCGGACGUAGCCCAAGAGACGCUGUAUCCCGAGUCGGCCGAGGACUUUGCUGCCAUGACCAACAAGGAGACGCACAUGGAGGCAUCUCAGCAGUGUCUUCAGCCCUCCAAGAUUCACGUCCUGGUUUUGGUCCUGCACGGAGGCAACAUUCUGGACACCGGCUCAGGCGAACAGAACAACAAGCAAGGCGACGUCAACACCCUGAGCGGCGCCUUCGAAGCCGUCAUGCGAGUCCACUACCCGACAGCGCUGGGCCGCAUCGCCAUCAGGACCGUGCCGUGUCCGGCGGUCUGCGUGGAGGCCUUCUCGCUGGUGUCCAACCUCAGCCCCUACAGCUACGACGAGGGCUGCCUGUCCAGCAGCCAGGACCACAUCCCGCUGGCCGCCCUGCCGCUCCUCGCCACCUCCGCGCCGCAGUACCAGGACGCGGUGGCCGCCGUCAUCCUGCGAGCCAAUCAGGUGUACGCCGACUUCAUCAGGUCUCUGGAAGGCGCCUCGUUUAAUGGACAGGUGUGUGUGAUCGGGGACUGUGUCGGGGGCAUCCUGGGCUUUGACGCCCUGUGCAGUAGUUCCAUCCUGGUGUCGGAGAGUCAGAACAGCAGCAGGCGGGGCAGCGCCGUCAGUGUGCAGGACACGGAGCUGCUUUCUCCGGGCAUCGUCAUCAACAGCAUCUCGCCGUCCCUGGAAGGCAGCCGCCACCUCAGCCGCAGCAACAUCGACAUCCCGCGCUGCUCGGGCCCCGACGAUCCCAAGAAGCAGCUGCCGCGUAAGCGCAGCGACUCCUCCACCUACGAGCUGGACACCAUCAAGCACCACCAGGCCUUCCUGUCCAGCCUGCACUCCAGCGUGGUGCACGGCGAGGCGGGGUCACGGCGCUCCAGCAACAGCACCAUGCUGGAUGGCGCCUCCUUGGGGAAGUUCGACUUUGAGGUGACCGACUUCUUCUUGUUCGGAUCUCCUCUGGGACUGGUGCUGGCGCUGAGGAAGACCGUGGUGCCCUCCUUGGACGUGACGGCGCUGCGCCCGGCCUGCCAGCAGGUCUACAACCUGUUCCACCCGGCCGACCCGUCCGCCUCCCGCCUGGAGCCCCUCCUGGACAAGCGCUUCCACCUGCUGCCUCCCUUCAGCGUCCCCCGCUAUCAGCGCUUCCCUCUGGGGGACGGACUCUCCGCUCUCCUGGUGGAGACCGUGCAGAGCAACCCCCAGCUGUUGAUGGAGACUCCGGCGGGGGGCGGAGCUUCGCAUCGCGGGCAGGAGAGCGGCGUGAACGAGACCUCCAUCCCCGUGCCCGUCCUCAACUGGCCGUCCUCGCAGCACCACGCGGAAACAGACCCCCACAUCUCCGUGGACGCCCCCUGCCCGCCCUCCACGUCCCCGGGGGUCCCUCACAUCCGCUGCCACCGCAGGGCCAGCGAGGCCAGCCUGGCCAGUCAGGUGUCGGGUCUGGCCGACUCUUACGCCACCUCCAACCUCGCCAACAUCGCGUCCCGCUGGUGGGGCAGCAAGAGGAUGGACUACGCCCUGUACUGCCCCGACGCCCUGACGGCCUUCCCCACCGUGGCUCUGCCACACCUCUUCCACGCCUCCUACUGGGAGUCCACAGACGUGGUCUCCUUCCUGCUCCGACAGGUGAUGAGGCACGAGAACUCCGGGAUCCUGGAACUGAACGGCAAAGAAGUGUCGGAGUUCACGCCGUCCAAACCCAGAGAGAAGUGGCUCCGUAAGCGCACGCACGUCAAGAUCCGGAACGUGACGGCCAACCACCGCGUCAACGACGCCGUGUUCGCCGAGGACGGCGCCCAGACGGUGACGGGUCGCUUCAUGUACGGCCCGCUGGACAUGGUCACGCUGACGGGAGAGAAGGUGGACGUCCACAUCAUGACGCAGCCCCCCUCGGGGGAGUGGCUCUACCUCGACACGGGCGUCACCAACAGCAGCGGCCGCGUCUCCUACGUGCUGCCCGACAGGAAGAGGCUGGGGGUCGGGGUGUAUCCCGUCAAAAUGGUGGUCAGGGGAGACCACACCUCUGCAGACAGCUACCUUAGCGUGGUGCCACGGGGGACCGAGUUUGUGGUCUUCAGCAUCGACGGGUCCUUCGCCGCCAGCGUGUCCAUCAUGGGCAGCGACCCCAAGGUCCGAGCAGGAGCCGUGGAUGUGGUCAGGUACUGGCAGGACCUGGGCUACCUGAUCGUGUACGUGACGGGUCGCCCCGACAUGCAGAAGCAGCGCGUGGUGGCUUGGCUCUCUCAGCACAACUUCCCGCACGGCGUGGUCUCCUUCUGCGACGGGCUGGUCCACGACCCGCUCAGACACAAGGCCAACUUCCUCAGAUGCCUCAUCAACGAGGCCCAGAUGAGGAUCUUCGCCGCGUACGGGUCCAGCAAGGACAUCUCGGUGUACGCCAGCGUGGGCCUGCCCGCCUCCCACAUCUACAUCGUGGGAAGACCCACCAAGAAAAUGCAGCACCAGUGUCAGUUCAUUCCGGACGGGUACGCAUCGCACCUGUCCCAGCUGGAGUACAACCAGCGCUCCCGACCCGCCAAGUCGGCCGGCGCCCGCGUGGUCCUCCGCAAGAGCAGCUUCGGGCUGGGGGCGGCGGCGGGGGACUUCCUCCGCAAGCGCAACCACAUCUUCCGCACCAUUUCCUCGCAGCAGCCGGGCCGGACCGAGCGAACGCUGAGCCAGUGCGAGGCGGACCGCGGCGUGUCGGCGGCGGCGGCGGCCACCCAGAGGAGCAUGAGCAUCGCGGCGGGGUGCUGGGGCCGCAGCGGGAGCACCAAGGAGGGCAGCGCGGGGCUACUUGGCCCCAAGUGAGCUGGCCCGGGCCGGCCUGAGCCACCAUGAUCUCUGGACAGGUGGACACCUUGUAUUUUAUAUCAGAAGGAGUGGACUCGUCACGCCAACAAAGACAAUUAUGUAGCAUGACUCUUUUACACUAACACUUUUUUAAUAGGCUCUGAAAACAUCAAGGCUUUGAUUAAUUAUCAUAAUAAGCCUUAAACCCCCGCAUCUCAUACUCAUUUUCUAUAAAAGCUGUUUAAAACAUAUUUUACCGCCAACAUUCACACAGGAAGUAGGUAUGUUGACCUUGUCCGCCCUUAAAUGUGCCCGAGUGAAACAAGCGUUAGCUUUAACCGACUAACGCUUAUGUUUUUUUUUAUUUUAUUUUAGAAACCUUUAUUUAUAGAUUGCAACAUUUACAAACAAUUGAGAAAUAAUAAUUUCUGUAGCAGUCACUUGGCUUAAACCGGCUUAAUAUGACGUCAUAACAAAUGUAUGAAUAUAUCAUAUGACGUCAUAUGAUAUAUUCACACACCAUACGUUUGUUAUUCGUUGUGAAGAUAUUCAAAUGCCAAAUGGGCUUUCAAAGAGUCAACACUCCAUCGCAUAAAAAUAUUCCAAAGUCGACAUUUUUACUUCGAUAAUAAGGAAGCCAUUUUCCCGGUUUUUUUUGUUUACCUUUGACCCGUCAAACGAGAGUCUCGCGAGAACGAGACCACCGAAUAUCCUCCAACAUGUCCAUCGCCGAGGCGACGAUAACAAACCCCGCCGUUCGCUUGGCGAUGUUCUCCGGUCCAACAUGUUACUCCUCCAUUUCUCUUUUUUUUGUUUUUAAUGCUAAACACUUUGACCACCCUAUUGUGGACAACUGGGCCGAAAUUAGUGGUUUAAAGUCGGAUCGCGGGCAAGUUCGUGGACGGUGGAAGUUCCAAUGGCGACGGAUGACUUGACACUGCUACUACUAGUUAAAGGUACACUUUUAUUCACGUGUUUUCGUGGCUUUGGCUUGGUGGAAACUAGCUUUCACAUUGAAAAAAAAACCCAAAUUAAAGCAUUUAUUUGGUAAUUAUCAAUCGCUGAACCAAACGCUUAAAUUGUCAUCAGUGGAGCUGUCAGUCAAACGUAUUCUUGGCUCCUAUUGGCUAUCGGACGAUUAGUAUCCGCCCACUCCGGCGUACC